AAGUAGAAAAAAAAAUGGCUCCGAAGAAGAAGCAGCCGCAGAAACCGAAGCAGAAGACCGGCGGCGGCGGCGGCGGCGGCGGCGGCGGCGGCAAACCCUCCUCCUCCUCCUCCGGUCCGAAGCUCCAGCUGUCGGCCGAGAACGAGAGCCGCCUCCGCCGCCUCCUGCUCAACAACGCCGCCGCCGCCGGCUCCGGCCGAUCGGCCGAGCCCGAUGCCGGCGGCGCCGGGGAUUGCCUCUCCGAUGCCCAGAAGGCCAAGCGCCUCAAGUCCGCCUACGAGAAGCUCUCCUGCGAGGGCUUCUCCAACGACCAGAUUGAACGAGCGCUCUCUGCUCUCAAGGGUAAUGCCACUUUUGAGGCUGCUCUUGAUUGGUUAUGCUUGAAUUUGCCCGGGAACGAGCUUCCUCUGAAAUUCUCCAGUGGGGUCUCUUCACUUGCCAGUACAGGAGGAUCUGUCAAUGUCCUUGUAUCAGCACGGGAAGAUUGGACACCUUCAGUGGAACCAUCUUCAAGGGUCGAUGAAGACGCUGCCAAGUAUUCUGUUAAGCUUAAGGGCAAUCGGGACAAUGAGAGUUUGGAUUCCCACAAACAAUCCCAAGCAGAUUGGAUUAAACGAUAUGUGGAACAGCAGGAAGAGGAUAGUUCUGAUACCUGGGAAGAUCGCAUGGUUGACGAAGGCCACUUGCAAAAGAUACGCGAACCAAGGUCCUAUGAUGACAUUGCCAGAGAGUACCAUGCUGCUCGCUUGGAUGCUUCAAGAGCUAAAGAAAAAAGAGAUAAGAGCAGCCAGGAAAAGGCAGGCUUAAUUAUCCGUAACCUCAAGCAAGAGUUGUCUGCUCUAGGAUUAUCUGAGGACAUGUUGGCACAGGACCUUGCUUACAAACAUGUUUCUGAGAAUGAGACUGGUUCGCUACCCUCAGAGCACCUGGAGACAGGAUCAACACAUAUCAGUCUUUCGUCUUCUUCGUCUGCACAUGUGGAUGUUACUGAAGUUGACGGGAGGGUGGCUUCCCUGGGCCCCCGAGAUUCUCUUCAGACACCUACCCUCCCGACGCCACCUAUUCAUGAAGAGAACACAACAGAAGGUGAAUCAGGAGAAGUAGAGCUUGGCGGGCUAUUCUCAGAUGAUGCACCGGAGAAUGAGCUGGUCACUUCGGAAGUUUUGAGACUACAAAAGCAAGAAAGAAUGAGAGAACUAUGCAGUGAAAAGAAUUUGGAGGGUAUCUGGAGAAAGGGGGACCCACCAAAAAUACCAAAAGCUGUGUUGCAUCAACUAUGUCAAAAAUCAGGGUGGGAAGCACCAAAGUUCAAUAAAGUACUUGGAGAAUCAAAAGUAUUUUCUUAUGCUGUCAGUGUGGUCCGUAAAGCCAGCGGAAGAGGCAAAAGCAGAAAAGCUGGAGGACUCGUGACUUUUCAGCUGCCUAACCAGGGUGAAGUUCUGGAAUCAGCAGAGGAUGGGCAAAAUAAAGUUGCAGCCUACGCUCUGUGUCACCUUUUUCCGGAUAUUCCUGUUCAUCUUAUGAUCAUAGAGCCUUAUGCGUCACUUGUUCUGCAGUGGAAGGAAGGGGAGCAGUCAAUUAACAGUGAAGCUAGUGAGGAAGAUAGAAGAGCUGAUUUUGUAAACUCAUUGCUGAGAUCAAGUGAAGUGGUGGAUGUCACUGAUAGAUCGCUUAAGGAAAAGUCUCAAGAGCCUCAUGCUAAAGAAAACAAGAGUGCACAUAGUGAUGAAGAUACUCAAAGAGUAGAGCUCUCUAAAGAAGCAGAGAGUUCUUACCUGAGAAAGGAGCAUGAGAGUCGAAAGAAAAUGCAGAAAUACAAGGAAAUGCUGAGAGCCAGAGCUGCGCUGCCUAUUGCUGCUUCAAAGAGUGAGAUUCUGCAACUGCUGAGGGAGAAUAAUGUUCUUGUUGUUUGUGGGGAAACAGGUUCUGGCAAGACAACUCAGGUCCCCCAAUUUAUAUUGGAUGACAUGAUUGAAUCAGGAAGUGGUGGAUAUUGUAACAUCAUAUGCACACAGCCAAGAAGAAUAGCGGCUAUUUCUGUAGCUGAAAGGGUUGCUGAGGAGCGUUGUGAAGGUUCCCCAGGUUCUAGGGGUUCUUUAAUUGGUUAUCAAGUUAGGCUUGAUAGUGCUCGGAAUGAAAAGACAAAGCUUCUUUUCUGCACGACAGGAAUUCUUCUAAGGAGCAUUUCUGGAGACAAAAACUUGACAGGCAUUACCCAUGUGAUAGUUGAUGAAGUGCAUGAGCGGUCAUUGUUGGGCGACUUUCUACUUAUUGUCUUGAAGAAUCUUCUUGAGAGACAGUCUGCUCACAAUGGGCGGGUGCUGAAAGUAAUUCUAAUGUCUGCGACGGUUGAUUCGGCUUUGUUCUCAAGAUACUUUGGUAACUGCCCUGUAAUAACAGCACAAGGCCGGACACAUCCUGUGACAACAUACUUUCUGGAGGAUAUACAUGAGACGCUGGAGUACCGUCUUGCUUCAGAUUCUCCAGCUUCUAUAAGAUGGGAAACAUCCUCUAAAGACAAGAGAGGUGUGGACAACCAUCGAGGGAAGAAGAAUCUUGUCUUGUCUGCAUGGGGUGAUGAAUCUCAGCUGUCAGAAGACCCUGUGAAUCCAUAUUAUGAGCCAAGUAAUUACCAAGCUUAUAGCGAGCAAACUCGCCUGAACUUGAGAAAAUUGAAUGAGGAUAUCAUUGACUAUGAUCUUCUUGAAGACUUGGUGUGUCAUGUUGAUGAAAUUUGUGGUGAUGGAGCAAUACUGAUUUUUUUACCCGGAGUCUAUGAAAUUCAUCAGCUAGUUGAUAAGUUGACCGCCUCUUAUCGUUUUAGUGGGCCAUCAUCUGAUUGGAUUCUUCCUUUACAUUCAUCUUUGGCACCAAAUGACCAAAAGAAAGCUUUUUCACAGCCUCCUGCAAAUAUACGCAAGGUCAUUGUAGCUACAAAUAUAGCAGAGACAAGUAUAACAAUCGAUGAUGUUGUUUAUGUCAUUGACAGUGGAAAGCACAAGGAAAAUCGGUAUAAUCCGCAAAAGAAAUUAACUAGCAUGGUAGAAGAUUGGAUAUCUCAAGCGAAUUCAAAACAGCGGCGAGGAAGAGCCGGGCGUGUGAAACCGGGGACGUGUUUCUGCUUAUAUACACAUCAUAGAUUUGAGAAGCUAAUGCGGCCUUUUCAGGCUCCUGAGAUGCUUCGAAUGCCCUUGGUAGAGUUGUGCUUACAGAUUAAGCUACUUUCUCUGGGUUACAUAAAAUCCUUCCUGUUCAAGGCCUUAGAACCUCCAAAAGAAGAGGCUAUGACUUCAGCAAUUUCAUUGUUGUAUGAGGUUGGUGCAUUGGAAGGGAAUGAAGAGUUGACUCCUCUCGGAUAUCAUCUUGCAAAACUUCCAGUUGACGUACUGAUAGGGAAGAUGAUGCUUUAUGGUGCAAUUUUUGGCUGCUUGUCACCCAUUCUUUCAAUAUCAGCUGUUCUGAGCUACAAAUCCCCAUUUGUGUACCCAAAGGAUGAGAAGCAAACUGUUGAAAGGGCAAAACUGGCGUUGCUGACCGAUAAGACAGAUCUAAAUGAGGGCGACCGGCAGUCCGACCAUCUAUUAAUGAUGGUUGUGUACAAGAAAUGGGAAAAAGUUCUUAAUGAGAAAGGAGUCAAAGCUGCUCAACAGUUUUGCAAUUCAUACUUUUUGAGCAGUCCAGUUAUGUUCAUGAUAAGGGACAUGAGGGUACAGUUUGGAACUCUGCUAGCAGAUAUUGGCCUUAUCAGUUUUCCCAAGAAUUACCGGGUUAUGCCAAGAAAGAAGGAAAAUCUGGACAGUUGGCUUUCUGAUUUAUCACAACCUUUCAAUAGGCACUCGCAUCAUCCUUCAGUUGUAAAGGCAAUUCUGUGUGCAGGUCUGUACCCCAAUGUGGCGGCCACCGAGCUAGGAAUGGCUGGGGCAGCUCUUAGCAAUCUUAAACAGUCGACUGGUCUGUUGUCAAAGGGUAGUCUAGCCUGGUAUGAUGGAAGAAGGGAAGUUUACAUACAUCAUACUUCCAUCAACAGUAGCCUUAGAUCAUUUCAGUACCCAUUUCUGGUCUUUCUUGAAAAGGUAGAAACCGGCAAGGUAUUUCUGCGGGAUACGACCAUUGUUUCGCCUUACUCAAUUUUGCUUUUUGGGGGAUCCAUUGAUAUUCAGCAUAAGUCCGGAGUCCUAAUCAUCGAUGGAUGGUUGAAACUGAUGGCACCAGCACAAACAGCUGUCAUAUUCAAGGAACUUCGAUUGAUGCUUCAUUCUGUGUUGAAGUCGCUUAUCAGAAAUCCUGAGGAUACAUCUGCUAGCAAUGAAGUCGUCAGCUCCAUCAUUCAUCUGUUGCUACAGGAGCAAACGCCUGUCAACUGAACUAUGAAAUGGCAUCUCAGCAGUCUUCUCCUGUUCACAAUUGGGCAUGUUAUGCCAAAAUUCUGGAGGCCGAUGCAUCUGCUUCAUGUCAUCAGAACUCGAUGUUGAUUGCAAAGUUAAGUUUCUCAUGCCAUCCUUCAAGCACAUGAAGUGAAAGAUGCGUCUAUCCAAGUACAGUGGCUGCAGAAGAGAUUGUGCACAUAAUACCUUAUAAGCCUUCAAAUUACAUGAUUCCUUUUGUAUGUCUGACUGUAAUCCAUCAAGUUAUCUUCGGCAUUAUCAGUCUGGUAGCCUUCACAUUGUUUUAAAGGUGUGAGGCUCCAUGAACAGAUCGAAGAUCUAAGAAAAUUGUGGGUAUAGCUGGAGUAUUUAUCCAUACCAUAUCGCUAUAUCCGUCUAUUGUAUCUUAAGGUUAUAUUGGUCUUCAAACUCGUGUCUUUCUUUAUCAAAAUUUCUUAUUUGAAUUGUUUUUCUGUCA